AUGAAUAACUACAUCAAGUUUAUGGAAGUUUUGGGCAAUGUUAAGCAUUUGAAAAGAACGGGAUGGGUCUUGCGAAACGUUAAAGAUUGCGAGACUGUAUCUGGCCACAUGUAUCGGAUGGCGAUGAUGUCAUUUUUUCUUGAAGAAAAUCAUGGUUUGGAUCGGACCCGUGUUAUGGAGAUGUCCCUAGUUCAUGACCUUGCAGAGGGUAUCGUUGGAGACAUUACUCCGUACUGUGGGGUUUCUCGUGAAGAAAAAUUGCUCAAAGAAUUUUCGGCAAUGGCAGACAUAGCAUCCUUGCUUGGUCCCAACAAAGAUAAAAUGAUGGCUCUUUUCAAUGAAUAUGAAGAAGGCAUGACCCCUGAGGCAAAGUUUGUGAAGGAUCUUGAUCGAUUGGACAUGGUUAUGCAGGCGUAUGAAUAUGAAAAACGGGAUAACUGCCCUAAAAAACUUCAGGAGUUUUUUGAUUCAACAGAAAAUAAAUUCUCACAUCCGUUGGUGAUCGGUAUUGUAAACGCUAUAAAGGAACAGCGAAGACUAAUUACUUCUACUGCGGACAAUCUAAAGUGAUAGGGGC